AAGCUUGGAGGCAAAAGUGACUUUGCGACGGGUCAGGAGGUUUGGGGUUUAUUCCGUGGUAUUGCCGGGGUGUGUUCCCAGAGUUCUCUUCAUCAUGCCUCUCAUGAUCGAUGGGAAGCUUUACCAUCCCAAGGAGAAUGUUAUGCAGUUGGUUAAGGAUUAUCCUAAGUUUCAGGUUGAAGCAGCCGCUUUCUGCAGCAAACCAUUACGCCAUUGUGAAGCCCUAGACCUUCUCUAUGUGAAUCAGAGAGAAUAUGCUGUCACUAUUCCAAGUGAUAGUGUUGUUAAGGUCCUGGGUUCUGACGAUGCCACUACUUGCCACAUCAUUGUCUUGCGUCACACAGGGAGCGGAGCCACAGCCCUGGCCCACCUGGACGGCCAUGGUAUAGAGGGAGGUAUCAAUAGUAUGCUUGCCUCCAUCACAGCACUCAGUACUGGAAGCAGUGAGGGCAGACUAGAACUACACAUAUUUGGGGGCUUCUGUGACAGCCGAGGAGAAUCAAUAGAAAUAUCAACAAAUGUUUUCAGUAUAUUUCACAAUUGUGUGCAUGAGGUUCACCUUGUUACGGCAUGCAUGUCAGAUUUGAAUGAUACAGUCAAGGAUGGUAUACACUGGCCAAUACUCUAUGGUGUAGCCGUCAAUGUCAAAAGCGGAGAGAUCUUCCCAGCAUCCUUUGCUAAUAAGGGUCCUGACAAACCUUUGAGAAGCGUCUACACACUGUUUGGUAACCAUCAUAUGCGUAAUGUGUAUGAUCACAGUACUGGGCUUCACAUGAUCAGUCCGUUCACCUACAGGGCAAUGCCUUACAUUGGUAACUGGCUCCUUCAACCAGACUCGUUCAUCAGAGAGCACCUCUCCACAUCACCGGAGGUUGAGCCUCCUUACUUUGAGGAGGGUAUCCGGGAUGCCAUCCGAUGGGUGACCAACCAUCCCCACCCCACCCUCACCGUCUUUCCUGGCAAUAAACCCAGGGUCUACACCAAGAACCAGCAAGGAGAGUGGAUGGAUUAUUGCCCCCCGCAGACAGCUGAUGAUCUGUCGUCAACAAUGCCAACAUCGUCUUGAUAGCAACGGUGUAAGUUUGCUGCAGUGAUGUGAAAUCACAUUCUGUUGUACUUGGAACUCUCCAAUGUGUAGUUUGUCUGUUACAAGGUAUAUUUAUUGAAAUAUGUAUAUUUGAAUUAUGUAUUUGAAGUUAGACCAAAACCAUUGUGCUUGUGUGUAAAUUAGGCGUCAUCAAGUAUGUUUAUGAUAGAAUAUGCAAAAUGGAAUAUAUGAUCAUACUUGCUUGAGAUCUUUUGUGAAUGUAUAAGCUCAUAUAGGAGUCAAAAUACAUGUAUAAGCAAAUCAAUAUCUAAACUUGAUUAUUCAGUAGUGAACUGAUAAAGCUUGAUGUGGAAAUGAAAUAGAUAUCAGUCUACAGAUCAGUUUUAUCAUCCAUGUAAUAAUGAUAUUCAUCUUGACAAUAAUUAUAUUUAUGACAAUGGACAAAUCAGAUAUCCUUUAAAUAAUUCUAAAGAUAUGCAUUAAUGAACUAAUAAGAGAUAAAAAAUACUUUGUCUAAAGGCCAAACUAAUAAUGUGGAAAUGCAUGUAUACAUGUAUGUAGGCCAUAAUUGUAGACUGGAUAAGUAUCUAUAUGCCAUGUGAAUGCUGUAACUUGAAUGUGUGUGCUGAAGCAAAAUGAAAAGUAUAAACAAACAAAAUGCAUGAAAAGAAAUAUUUAGGUGAGUACCAGCAGUGGGGAUAUAUAUGCAAUAUAAGGCAUUUUCUCAGAAACGCAGAGUGUGUGGAUUGCUAGGUAAUAAAUAUGUGCAUAGUGUGUGACUUAACUACUGUAUAUCAUCAAAGAAAGAAGGAAAUCAUUGCAUGUUAUUACCAGAAAUAUGUGAUUGUUGUAAUAAUAUAUUACGCGGCUGUCAAAUUGCAUUUAUAUAACCGAUGUUGUCAUCUUGUGAGACUUGUGUGAAACACAUCUUGAGCAGUAUACUGGUGUAUGUAUAUUUUGCCUCAUAUAUUUUCAUUAACAACAAAAAGUAUGUAUACCGGUACCGUUAAUUGUAUCAAUGCAUGUUAGACACAGUCAAACUGUGGAUAAUUUACAGUAAGAAAGCUAGGUGCUGCAUUGUUUUAGAGUCAGAAGAAAGUAACGUUUCAUGCUGUUUGAAUUUGACUUGAGCUAUGUCUUGUAAUGAGACACAAUUAUUCUUAAUCAACUGCAAAUCAUCCAAUUAUUUGUGAAUUUAUUUGAAAUUGAGUUAGGAACGGUCCAUUUUGAUACAUGGUAACACUGGUUGAAAACCAAAAAUUUCUUUACAUCAAUUGAAACUUCUACCAGGAAGCCUAACAUUCAGCGCUAAUGUCCCAAUGGCGCACUGAUGAAUAUUAAUAAGUCGGAAUGAGUCAGGAGAGCUGAGAUAUUGGACCAAUGAUGUCUCUGCCCUACAAGCAGUAGAUGGCAGGAUUAAAUCCCACUGGUUCCAAGAUUUUGUUCUAAUUCUGACUUUUUUUUAAUUACAAGAUCGAGUACCUAUGCGAUCUUUAUUUACUGGGUGCAAGCCAAAAAUCUAAUUACAGCAAGUGGUAACACAGCUAGACAGGGCUCCGAUAACAGUAUAUGCUAUUAUGCAGCAACAACCUGUGUAGAAAGGCCAGCUGCAUCCACAUGUUAUGGCUCUGUGGAAGCAGAUUCAUGUGUUACAAUGUUAGAAUAGCAUGUAGCCCAUUGAUGAUCUUAAUACACAGGUUUCAGAUGUAUGGUGGCUUCUUGGUAGAGCAGUGUGCACAUAUCUGGGAGGUACUGUACCAGGCUGCUGGCCUACAAUGUACAUUGCAGUUAAACCUGUCUAUAAAGGCCACUCAGGGGAAACAGAAAAAGUGGCCACUAUAGACAGGUGGCAUUCCUAUGCAGGUUCUACAACACACACUUGUUUCUAAAGGGAGACAAGAUGUCAUUAUAGACAGGUGGCCUUUAAAGAGUUGUGAACACUAUUAAAGACAGGUUUGACUAUAUGUCAUCAGCCAAGAGCCAGAUGGGUAUUACCGUAACUCCAUUUAAAGCGUAAAUCCUUUACACUCUUCUGGAUUACUAAUUGACAUAGGCAUGCAUGUAGUUAUUUAUC